CUCUUCAGCUACCUCAGCCGCCCGGGGCGCUCCGAGCCGUGCCCCCUUAGCUCUUCAGCCCUCUGCCGCCGUUUCCGAGGCCAGCGUGAAGGGACUUUGUCCACUGUUAGAGCUAAUUUGCAAAGAGCUGAACUGUACAGGUCACCUGAUAUUUCUCUUCCAAGACUGCAUUUUUAAAAAAAUUCUGAGGAUAAUGAUUCUCCACACUCCAUACUUUAAGUAAGAAUUUAUGCACUUUAAUUUCCUGUCUGUGCCAUUGGGCUAAUCGAAGACAGCAUUUUGAAAUCGCAGCUACAGAACCAGCCAAAGUCUCAUUCUUGCCUUAACAAUGUUCCAGAGGUUGAAUAGUAUGUUUGUGGGUGAAAUCAAGAACUCUUCUAGCAAAGAACCAGAAUUUAGUGAAAAAGAAGAUGAUGAAUGGAUUCUUGUUGACUUUAUAGACACUAAUUUUUCAACAGAAGUAGAAGAGGAAGACACCAGUGAAGAAUCACCUACUGAGCAUCCUCCAGUUUUUUCCUGUUUACCAGCUUCCUUGGAAUGUUUAGCUGAUACUAGUGAAUCUUGUUUCGUCCAAUUUGAGGCCUGUCCUAUGGAGGAGAGUUGGUUUAUUACCCCUCCCCCAUGCUUUACUGCAGGUGGAUUAACCACUAUCAAGGUGGAAACCAGUCCUUUGGAAAACCUUCUAAUUGAACAUCCCAGCAUGUCUGUUUAUAAUUCCUCCAGAAAUCUUAAUGAGGGCAGCUGUGAGACUGAUGAAUUUCAUAAUCCAAGCAGUCCUAGAAUGGAAAUACGGAAUGAAGUGAGGCAACAUGUUCGUUGCUAUGUUGCAGCUCUUGCUGCUCAUUCAACUUUCCUGGAACAAACCAAGAGCUUUCGUCCCUCUCAGUGGAUAAAGGAACAUGGUGAAAGACAUUCUCUGAACAGAAAUAGCCUCCGUCGCCAAAAUCUUACCAGGGAUUGCCAUACUCGGCAAAUCAAGCACAAUGGGUGGGUGGUUCACCAGCCUUGCCAGCGUCAGUACAAUUACUAAGAAUUCCAAGUCUUAAUCAUAUCAAUUUGUUGGUAUAUUGUUCUUGGUUUUAUAUGUGAGUGUGGGUGAGUGUGAUGUGCGCACACGCGCUCAAGUAACGAAGGUGUAGUGUUUGCAGCUUGACUGAUGAUCAAUCAUUUAAAUAGAAUUGUUUCUCUAGAUAAUUUUUUUAAAAAAAAUUUACAUUCUGUGUAUCACACAAUGCCUUGCUUUUCAGAGUUAACUUUUUUCCUGAACUUUUUCAGAAUGUUUUAGAAACAUCAGUAUGAUUGCAGUGUUUAAUAUUUUGGGAAUGUCUUUGACUCAACUAAGUUAUGUGAGUUAGUUGGCAUUUUAAGGAAAUUUCUUACAGAGUGAUGGAAUAGUCAGGUUUCAGAUGAAUUUUUUUUUUGUAUUAAAAGUUUGAGUAAACAAAAUUUCUCAGGGUCAGCCAUACACUUUAAUGACCAGUACUUGAUAAUCUUUUCUGUAUAUAACGAAUACAUUUUUUUACACACUAACAAGCAUUAAAAGGCAGUGGUUGCCAUGGACAUAAUGGAAUCAUGGCUGAACUUUCUAUUGAAAGAGAACUUGAUAUUUUACUAUUUCCUCAUCAGUCAUACAGUUAAUUUUGAUAUAUCAGGUACAUUUAGUUCAUAGAUAGGAGUUAGCUAUCUUUCUGAUAAUUACAAUGAUGUGGUACUGAUAUUACAGGUUAUUGUGGGACAGAAAUAGCUGUUUCAUUUAGUAAAAUUAAGCAGAUCUGUGGUUUAUACUUAGAAGUGUUCAUUUAUGAAAAAUGCUCAUUUGUUCCAGUGUUUUGAUUACUUAGGGCUUUUCUUUUUCCCUAUUGGUUAGUUGGAGAAUUAGAAAAUAGCCAUCAUUAUUAUUAUUAUUAUUAUUAUGUAGAAAUUAAUACAGCCUCUUCACUUUACACAAUGAAAAGCACAAGUCUUUAUUUCCAGUCUAGGAAUAGAAUUAUUAAUUCUGCUUUUCCACUGUUGAGCCUGUGCUGAUAAGUAGUGUGUAUGGAUUGACCCCUGACAAACACUGCUUCCAGACCAAAAUUGUCUUGAAUGAAGAUUAGUAGCAGCUGGGGCUUUCUUAAUUUUUGGUUCUUGCUCUAUGGGCUAAAUUUUCUGUUUCAGUCAAAAUCUUGAACUACUCUCUCCUGUUUUCCUCAGUUCAGUAGUUGAAUAAAAAUACCUACCUCACAGGGGUGUUGUGAGGAUUGUAAAUAAGAAAUAAGGUUAAAGUGGAAUUAGGAGAUUUCUAGAACUGGACCUUCCAUGUAAUUCCAAGGGGCUCUCUCUACUGAAUCAGUUGUUAUUUGGCUAUAUCUCUGCCAGGGCUGGGUAAGUAGUUCAAGAGAGCAUGGUGCUAAUGAAGCCAAGCUCUGGUUUAAUUUCUCUUCAGGAUGAUUAGCUUCACAAAACAAACAAACAAAAAAACCCAAAACCCCAUGACGGACUACCAUUAAUCUGUGGCUAGCUUUACUUUUUUAGUAUUUAGUGAUGGCUUUUAUACUGAGCUAUACACACUACAAAUUCUCAGUGUUUUGUAUGACUGAGGACACAAUUAGAACUCAAAAGUCCAUUUCUAUUAGCAAUAGAAGAGCAUCAUCAUGCUAAUAAUUUGUCAUUCCUUUUUCCGGCUAUAGUCCAGCCCUGACUAAAUAAUAAAUGCAUGUUUUAAGAUGCUUUCAAAAGCGAAAGCAUUAUAAUCAUGCAGAGUAUUAUUUUAAAUGGCUCUGUGUGGACUUCAGAUACUAGGAACUAUGGGGGCUUUGCCUCCCCUUUAAGUGUGAAAAGCUGUGUUGAAUAGCAUGGGGUGAUUGUAAUUCAAGAGGUCAGAUGGUUAGUGUGUUUAGAUGCUUAAAAUAGUUUGUUCUUCCAGUAGCACUAAGAAAGUGUCAUUUUUCAAAAUGGGGGAUUUAAGUCUACUUUUCAUGGCUUUCCCUAUUAUUUAUUUAUUUUUUUCUGAUUAGGGGCCAAGUCUGCAAAGUUCUGUCAAACUGGGCUAGUAUUUUGUUAAACUGCUUGUGUUUACAUGGGAGGAGAAUGAUGUAGAAACUGUUUGCUAAUAGGGCAGUACAGUUGGAUAACUUGAAAAUAAUAUGGCUAAAUGGUUUCUUGUAAAGCUUCUCAGUAUUGAGAAGGAAGAUUCUUAUACAUAGGUUACAUGAAGUGCUGGUACCUCAAGCUAUAGAUCUGACAUUCAGUUGUGAAAAUUUGCUAUGGCCACAUGAACAGAUUUGUGUAUAAAAUUACUGUAUUUUUCCCUCUUUCUAGAGGGCUUUUAAUUCAUUCACCUUUAUGUUAGCUACUGACCCUUUGUUUGCCUAUCAGCUUAGUUUUGUAAGCUUAAAAUUCUUUCUUAAAAACUGUUGGAAUUUUAUAGGAUGAGAAUUAUCAGGAUGUAGUCUGUACAUACUAUAAGCAUGUUGGCAAUAAAAUUUCCUGCCUAAAACUUGGUUGAAGUUCUUGGUUAUUCAAGGUGCUGCAAGGCCAGUAGCCUAGUUAGAAAUGUGAAUCUGAUGUAUUUUUUGAAAUAUGGCCAAAGAGAUUAGAUUUUAAAGUUUGUUGAUAAAUACUAGUGAUUUGAAAUUGCUUAUUCAGCCUGUACUGUAUGAAAUCAUGCAAGGAGAAAUGUGCCCCUUUUAAAAUUUCUUAAGACUUUUUCACUGUCUGCAGUUGAGUUUUUUGUUAAUAAAACCUAGAUACAUAAAGACAUUACAUUCUGUCCUUCGUAUGGCAGUAUUAUGAUAUAAAUUGAAAAUCAACUGGUCUAUGAUUUAUCUUCCAUAUAAAUGCAUUUAUAAUUUCAUUUGGUUUGGUCUGUUUGGUGUUUUUGCAGUUCUAAAAAUGGUUCAAAUAUAAAAUUUCCUACUGUGGGGAAUUUUUGUUACUGUCCUUCAUUUGAUUUGUGCUGCAUGCUUUGGUUUACAUACUCUUCUGUUGUGAUUUGAUUCUGUCCCAGCCCUAAGCUAACCUCUUUUACUGGGAGAACAGUAAGUUUGCCAUCUGAUAAAACCUUUAUCAUUUACUUAUUUUAUGCUUUCAAAGUGGAAUCACUUUUUUAAUCCUUUUUAUUUUCUUAAAAGGAAAAAAGAGUAAGGAAGAGUACAGCCUAAAUUUACCCUGAUUUUCUUUGAGUUGGAAAAGACAAAAAUGAAGGAAGAUUAAAUCUGUUCACCUCAAAUUAGACCACAUAAAUUGUCACUUUAAAUAGUGAGAUUGAAUAAUGAAGUGAAAAGAACUUCCUAAUCUAGGGCUUUUAUUUUUGCUGUAGAGACAGUUUGAGACUGCUCCUUGUACCAGGAGAUACUAAUCUGUUGGUGUUUUUUUGUUUUGGUAAUGUCAUUGCAGUUUUUUAAGGCCUGUUCUUACUAAUUCUUGUAGAACUGAGUCACCAGAAUUGAAGGUCUUUUGUCAGCAGUCAAGUUAGGUAAGGUGAUUUCAUCCCUUUCCACAUGUAUGUUUAAAAUGUUAUUUAAAUUUUUAUAUUUAGAAAAAUAUUCACCUUUUUUUGUGGUGAUGAGCCUUGUCAUACCACAAUUUUCUUGAAACUGUCCAAGUUUAAGUAGUUUGAAAACUAGGAAAAUUAUGCAGCUAGGACGACAUCUCUGUUUUAAUGUCUUUAUUUUGGGAGGAGAAGUUACUUUCAGAAAAGGCAGCUUCCGUUUGAGAUGAUAUAUAUGGUUGCAUAUCAUUGGGGAUUCUUUAAUGUAUAUGUUGUGGUUUUGUUUUGUUUUGGAUUUAAGUUUAAAUGUUAUGCUCCAUAUAAUAAUGCUCUGUAUUUUUGUCUGGAAUUUUAAGGGAUUUUUAUUUUCUAACUGGAUGGCUGUUUACAAACCAAGCCACUAGAGAGGAGGGGAAGUUGGAUCUGGUGUAUGUGAAGGGUUUCUGCUGACACCUUUGGUUUGUUUUCCCCAGAGGUUCUGGACUUUUAACUGUUAUCUUUUUUAUGUGUUUUAUUUAAAGGAAAAGAAAUGGCUAUGGUUUUGUUUUAGAAAUGUUGUGAAUACAUUGAUUUUUUUCCCCCCAAGACAAUACAUUUUGUAACUAGAUUAAAUAGUAUUGUCAGUUGGACUAUGUGCCUUGUAAAUGUGUUUCUAUACACAGAAAAUUUGAACAACUUGAAAGACUCAAGGACAUUCGGUUAGGAGAAAUACUGUAUAUCAAUCUAUGCAUAAAUGGCAGCUUAUUUCUUGAGCCACUCACUGUCUACUUUCUGUUUUUGUAGAAAAUUUGAUAUUGAUUGGUUCACAGAGGAAUGAUUGGUUUUACAAAACAGACUGAAUAAUACAGUACAGCACUUUGCCAAAAAAAAAAGUGUAGCAUUGCUUAAACAUGUGUACUAACACCGGUUUUUGUAUGGGGGGGGUCUUUGGUGCAUUUUGCACUUCUUGAAAGUGUAUGGUCUUUACUUGUCAGCAAAUAAAAUGUCUUUUGCUUCAAAAUUA